CAUUGACAACAGAAAGAGAGACGACAGAAAUACCAAAGGGCGCUGAUACCACUAUUACAACGGGUAAAACACAACCGUUGAACACGUCACCAACCAUUACAGAUGUUAGGACGUCAGAAACACCAACAAAAGGAAAAAGCUCUACGGCAGCUAGUGUACAAACAACAACAUCGCCAUCCGUCAUCAGUACCAGUUCUACGACGUCAGGCAAGCCAACAAAAACAUACAAUACUGCCGGAAUGACAGCCGGAAUGACCACUGAAAGUCCUUCAACAAUUGCAAGUGCCAAAUCACAAACAACAACGACAUCAGUUAAGGUCACUGAUCCGGUGACUUCAAAAGCGCUGCCCACCUCCACAGUGAUCGUGACGACACCAAAGAGCCAAGAAACUACCAAAGCAAUUCCGAGUACUGUGAUAUUCCUUACUGGGGAAGUUACAGAUACCAACAGUGCCGGCGUGCAAGAUGCAAUCAAAAAGCUUAUUGCCUCCACUCAGCUGGGCAACGGCACCAACGUGGACGUUACUUUUGAGACGAGCCCCUUUGUCACCGCCACAGGAGAGAAAGUGACCAGACUGUCCUAUCAAGUGACCAUAAACGGACGACAGGUGUCUUCGAGCGAGGUCGGAGCUGCUUUGCAGGAUAAGUCAGCGGAAGAGAUACGUGCAGAGAUAAACCACGACCUGCCUGCCGGCUUAACUGUGUAUAACGGGGACAACUCCACACUUAAUGCCGUUAAUCCUGAUGUCACGUCUACAUCACCGCCGUCAUGGAUUGAGGUAAAUUGGCCAAUAGUUGCUGCCAUUGCCGCCGGUGCUCUCCUUGUCCUUAUCGCAGUAGUGGCUAUUGCUUGUCGGAAACAGAGACGACCACAGAGCGAAAAAGAUAAUCUUCAUCGCAUGGGAGAUUUUUCGGACACCUCAGAUUAUUGCCCCAACGGGAAAGCAUACGACAACACUGUGUUCAUAGAAAAUGAAGAGAACACAUUGCAGAUUCCAAGACCAACUGUAAGAAGUUAACAUCUUAUGAAAAAUUAUAUCGUCAUUAUUUUUAAUUUUUCAUCAUACCAUUCUCAUUCGCCUUGAUCAACCAUUAUGAUCAGACGCAAUUGUUCCAUCUAUAAUGUUGGUCAUAUUUCAAGAAAUAGCUUUCAUUUCCUGCCUCGAUGUGGCAAGUACAUGUAAGAUGCCGUAAACAAAAAUAUUCCGUCCUGAGGUUAUACUUAUUGCAUAUCAAGGGACAAAGACCCCAUUCCCAGAGAUUAGAUCGAUCCAAACUAGAUCGACUUAA